CCUUCCCACAAUCGGCUGGGCGAGGCAGGCGACUCGGAGGCGGUGCCGGCUAUGAGAGCUGCGCUGGGCGUUUAGGGGCCAAGAUGGCGGCGCGCCGGGGACGGAGAGACCGAGUCGCGCCGCCUCCGAGUGGGGGCCCGGGCCCCGACCCUGGCGGUGGAGUCCGCGGAAGCAGUAGAGGUGGUCGCAGCCAAGCGCCGUAUGGGACUGUGGGCACUGUGAGCGGCGGGGAGAAGGUGCUGAUGCAUGAAGAGGUGAAUGAUUCUGACUUAGUCAGUCUGUCUCGGCUGGGCCCCUGUCUGAAGGAUAAGGAUCUGGAGAUGGAGGAACUGAUGCUGCAGGAUGAGACACUGCUGGGGACCAUGCAGAGCUAUAUGGAUGCCUCCCUCAUCUCCCUCAUUGAGGAUUUUGGGAGCCUCGGAGAGAGCAGGUUAUCUCUGGAGGAUCAGAAUGAAGUGUCACUGCUCACAGCUCUGACAGAGAUCUUGGACAAUGCAGAUUCCGAGAACCUGUCUCCAUUUGACAGCAUUCCUGACUCCGAGCUGCUUGUGUCACCUCGGGAAGGCUCCUCUUUGCACAAGCUGCUCACCCUCUCUCGGACACCCUCAGAACGUGACCUCAUCACCUCAGUUGAUCCGCUGGGGCCCAGUACAGGCAGUAGUAGAGUGAGUGGGAUUGAGAUGUCUCUCGCAGAUUCCCCUUGGGACUUCUCCCCGCCUUCCUUCUUGGAGAACUCCUCUCCCAAACUUCCUAGCUGGAGACCCCCACGAUCCAGACCCCGUAGGAGCCAGUCCCCUUCUCCGCAGCAGCGUAGUGAUGGGGAAGAAGAAGAGGAGGUGGCCAGCUUCAGCGGCCAGCUGCUUGCUGGGGAGCAUGACAGCUCUAUGAGCAGCAGCCCAGACUUUCCCAUGCACCUGGCCUGCCCUGAGGAAGAAGAUAAAACAGCAGCAGCAGAAAUGGCAGUGCAGGCAGCUGGCGAUGAGAGCAUCUCUUCCCUCAGUGAGCUGGUGCGGGCCAUGCACCCAUAUUGCCUGCCCAGCUUCACCCACCUGACAUCACUUGACAGUGAACUUCAGGAGCAGCCAGAUGAUGUGACACUGCCUGAGGAUUGUGUGGUGCUAGAGAUUGUGGGCCAGGCAGCCACAGCUGGCAAUGACCUGCAGAUCCCAGUUGUGGUGCGGCAGAUCCCUGUUGGACCCCAGCCUGUGCUCCUGGAUGACUCGCUAGAGGCCAGUCCAUCCUUGCAGCUGCUUAUGCCUACACUUGAGUCAGAGACGGAUGCUGCUGUGCCCAAGGAAGCCCUCUGCCCUGAGAAAGAAGGGUUGUCACUAGACUCAGAGGAAAAGCUGGACUCAGCCUUGUUGGAGCCCAGGGAGGUCAUGGAACCAAUGGCGUCCAAGGGGCCCCAGAACCCACCAGCCAAUGCAGUGCCGAGUUCCCAGAGAGCGCGAAAGGGCAGGAGGAAGAAGAACAGGGAACAGCCAGCAACCUGUACAGAAGGCUAUGCCAGGAGGCUGAGGUCAUCCUCUUGUGGGCAGCCUACUGUGGCUACAGAGGUGAUCUCUCAGGCAGGCAGUUUGCCUCAGAAGGAACUCCUAAGAGAGGUUGGGCCUCCCCAUGGUAGAGGGAAGCCCCGGGCUUGGGCUCGGGCCUGGGCAGGUGCCUCAGAGAAGCCUAGCUCUGGGAACUUGGAGAGUAGUGUUGGACAAGCUAGUCCUGCUAAAGAAGGUCCUCUUGAUCUCUACCCCAAACUGGGUGAUACCAUCAAAGUUAACCCUGUUCCAACCCAUCUGUCAUUGGUUGACUCUACUCAUGCCGACCCCAUGCCACUUGAUUCUGUUGAAGCUGAUCCCUCUGCAGUCGAUCCUGUUCUAGCUGAUCCUGUACCUGUUGACCCUGCAUUAGUUGACCAUGCUUCAGCCAACUCAGAGCUGGUUGACCCUCUCCCAGCUGACCCAGUGUUGAUUGAGCCAGUCCUGGCCGACUCGGCAGCAAUUGACCCUGCAGUGGUUGUUCCUAUCUCAGAUGACUUGCCACCAGUUGACCCUGUCUCAGCCAACCUACCACCAGUUGACUCUGUUCCUGAUGACCUGGCUCCAGUUAACCCUGUGCUAGUUAAGUUUAGGCCAACUGAUCCCAGACGUGGUGCAGCGUCAUCAGCCCAGGGGAGUCCAGCCCUCCAGCUCCUUCUGGAGUCAGAGUCCUUGGACCCCUCAAAGACCAUCAUCCCUGAAGUCAAGGAGGUCGUGGGUCCUCUGAAGGUAGAAGGUGGUACCAGUGCCACAACCCAGGAAACCAGACCUCGGCCUCUUAGCCUAUCUGAGUACCGGCGACGAAGGCAGCAGCGCCAAUCAGAGGCAGAAGAAAGAAGUUCCCAGCCCCCAUCUGGGAAGUGGCCCAGCCUCCCUGAGACUCCCACAGGGCUGGCAGACAUCCCUUGUCUUGUCAUCCCACCAGCCCCAGCCAAGAAAACAGCUGUGCAGAGAAGCCCUGAGGCCUAUUUUGUGCCUGUGGGUCCCAGCCCUGCUUCUCCUAGUCCUGAGCCACCUGCAAGCAAAUCCGUGGCCUCAGCUCCCACUGAGCAGGUGCCAUCCCAAGAGAUGCCACUGCCAGCAAGACUACCUCCUGCUGUGCAGUCCAUGCCCUCCACCAUGCCCACUGCUCUGCCUUUUCCACCAGGUGGGCUGGGCAUGACCCCUAUGCUUCCCCCACCACCCUUGCAGCCUCCUAGUCUUCCAGUGUCUGUGGGGCCAGUGCCACCUGAUCCCUAUACUCACUAUGCCCCCAUGCCACCCUGGCCUUGUUAUCCCCCAGUGUCUCCUUCUGGCUAUCCUUGUUUGCCACCCCCUCCAACGGUGCCACUAGUCUCUGGUACCCCUGGCUCUUAUGCUGUUCCCCCUACUUGCAAUGUGCCUUGGGUACCCCCUCCUGCCCCAGUCCCACCUUACAGCUCUAGUUGUACUUAUGGGCCCUUGGGAUGGGGUGCAGGGCUGCAGCAUCCUCCAUUCUGGCCUACUGUGCCCCCACCACCUUUGCCUCUAGCCUCUGUUGGGAGAGCUGUUGCCCCACCCAAGGUGGAGCCCAGUGGCAUCCCAGCUGGCCCUCCUGAAAGUGUACUUCCUGUGCCGAUGGCCUCUUCCCUCAGUCUUGGGUCAGCUGGCCAGGGAGCUCCACAAAUAGAGCCCACUAAGGUAGAGGUCAAGCCAGUCUCUGCAUCUCCCCAUCUGAAACACAAGGUGCCCUCCCCGGUGCAAAGCCCGCAGAAUAAGGCUUCACCAUAUCUGUCUGCUGAGAGUGUGGCUGUUGAGGAACCUGCAUCAGAGAGGUUAAAGCUUGAGUCUCAGGAGACCAGGUCCAGGGAGAAGACCCCCUCUCCAGUUGCCAAGGCUGUUCCCACACCCACACCAAGGCAGAGCACUGUCACCAAGUUGCCUGCUAUCCACCCAGCCCGUCUAAGGAAACUGUCCUUCCUGCCUACCCCACAUACCCAGGGUUCUGAGGAUGUGGUGCAGGCUUUCAUCAGUGAGAUUGGAAUUGAGGCAUCAGACCUGUCCAGUCUGCUGGAGCAGUUUGAGAAAUCAGAAGCCAAAAAAGAGUACCCUCCCCCGGCUCCUGCUGACAACUUGGCUGUAGGAAACUCAGGCAGCGUUGACCCUCCCCAGGAGAAGAGGCCCCUAGACCGGUUACAAGCCCCAGAACUGGCCAACGUGGCAGGGCUCACCCCUCCAGCUACCCCUCCCCACCAGUUAUGGAAGCCCUUGGCUGCUGUUUCCCUGCUGGCCAAAGUCAAAUCUCCUAAGUCCACCGCCCAGGAGGGAACCCUGAAGCCUGAAGGAGUUACAGAGGCCAAACAUCCAGCUGCAGCCCGCCUCCAAGAAGGGGUCCAUGGCCCUAAUCCAGUCCAUGUGGGCUCUGGGGACCAUGACUAUUGUGUCCGGAGCAGGACACCCCCCAAAAAGACUCCUGCCUUAGUCUUUCCAGAGGCAGGCUCCCGAUGGAAUGUCAAACGCCAUCAGGAUAUCACCAUCAAACCUGUCUUGUCCCUCGGCCCAGCUACCCCCCUACCCCCAGGCACAGCUGCCUCCCAGGAGCCACUUGAUCACAGGACUAGCAAAGAGCAGGCAGAUCCCCCAACCUCUUGCCUUGCCCCAUCUGCCUUGCUGUCCCCUGAGGCCUCGCCCUGCCGGAAUGACAUGAACACUAGGACUCCCUCUGAGUUCGCAGCCAAGCGGUCAAUGCGCUGUUAUCGAAAAGCCUGCAGGUCAGCCAGCCCCCCAAACCGGGGUUGGCAGGGCCGCCGUGGCCGCAGCAGUUCUGUCAGCUCUGGGUCCCACCGGACCAGUGAAGCAUCUUCCUCUUCAUCCUCAUCGUCGUCUUCAUCCCGAUCCCGGUCCAGGUCCCUCUCCCCCCCACACAAGAGGUGGCGAAGGUCCAGUUGCAGUUCCUCUGGACGUUCCCGAAGAUGCUCUUCCUCAUCUUCCUCCUCAUCUUCCUCCUCAUCUUCCUCAUCAUCUAGUUCCAGAAGCCGGUCUCGCUCCCCAUCCCCCCGCCGGAGAAGUGACAGGAGGCGGCGAUACAGCUCUUAUCGAUCACAUGACCAUUACCAAAGGCAGAGAGUAUUGCAGAAGGAGCGUGCAAUAGAAGAGAGAAGAGUGGUUUUCAUUGGGAAGAUACCUGGCCGCAUGACUCGGUCAGAACUGAAACAGAGAUUCUCUGUUUUUGGAGAGAUUGAGGAAUGCACCAUCCACUUCCGUGUCCAAGGUGACAACUAUGGCUUCGUCACUUACCGCUAUGCUGAGGAGGCAUUUGCAGCCAUUGAGAGUGGCCACAAGCUGAGACAGGCAGAUGAGCAGCCCUUUGAUCUCUGCUUUGGAGGACGCAGGCAGUUCUGCAAGAGAAGCUAUUCCGAUCUUGACUCCAACCGGGAAGACUUUGACCCUGCUCCUGUAAAGAGCAAAUUUGAUUCUCUUGACUUUGACACAUUGUUGAAACAGGCCCAGAAGAACCUCAGGAGGUAACCCUGGGCCCUUCUCCCCCUACCCCUAUUCAUUGGAGGUGUCCAACCAUCUCCACUCCCCUCCCCUACUCUAGGGGAGAGAGCUGCUAGUGAGGAGAUGACUGUUUUAUAAAGAAAUGGAAAAAGUGAAAUAAAAAAUGUGUUAAAUCAGAUUUUUUUAAAGGGUAUUUGUUUUUAUAAGAGGCAUUGAAACAAGUUAAUUUGCAUUCCUAUGUGAGAUGGAUGAGGUUGAGGGGUUCCCCUGGUGUUUGGAUGAUCUAAAUCACUAUGCAGACUAAUAAACAUGAACUAGAGAGAA